AUGGCGGGUCUCCGGGCUGCUGCACGCAAGCCCACUAAUUUGGCAAAAGUGUAUUCAGUAAUACAAGGUAAGACAGAGAGCCCUGCCGCUUAUUUAGAAAGAUUAAUGGAAACCUUCAGACAGUAUACCCCCAUGAACCCCGAGGCCCCCGAAAAUCAAGCUGCUGUUGUAAUGGCCUUUGUAAAUCAGGCAGCCACUGAUAUUAAAAAGAAACUCGAGAAACUAGAGGACCUGGAGGGAAAACAGAUUCAGGACUUACUCCGCAUUGCCCAGCGUGUCUAUAAUAAUAGAGAGACUCCAGAGGACAGGCAACUUAAAGCCACCGAGGAAAUGACCAAAGUCCUGGCCGCUGUUGUCCAAAAGCCCCGGGAUAAACAAAAGCCCCUAGAUAAGGACCAUUGUGCCUAUUGCAAAGAAAAAGGCCAUUGGGGCAGACGGGGUUCGGAUCCCCUCCCCGAACCUAGGGUAACGCUACAAGUGGAGGGGAACCCAGUUCAAUUCCUAGUCGACACAGGGGCACAACAUUCGGUCUUGAUCAGACCCCAUGGAAAAAUUUCUGAAAAAUCUUCCUGGGUCCAAGGGGCUACCGGGAUAAAAAAAUAUCCCUGGACCACCCAGAGGACUGUGGACCUAGGAAAUGGAAAGGUCACCCAUUCCUUCCUAGUCAUCCCCGACAGCCCCUGCCCCUUAUUAGGAAGAGACUUGCUCACUAAAAUGGGGGCCCAGAUUCAUUUUACGCCAGGGGGCCCCCAAGUGACUGGCCCUCACAACCAACCCAUGACCAUACUUACUCUAAGAUUAGAAGAUGAAUAUCGACUCCAUCAGGAGCCACCCUCACAAAGUCAAAACAUAGAGCCCUGGCUCCAGCAGUUCCCAGAAGCCUGGGCUGAAACCGGGGGUAUGGGGUUGGCUAAACAUCGCCCAUCAUUCAUAGAGCUGAAACCGGGGGCAGAUCCAGUUCGGGUCCGACAGUACCCGAUGUCAAUGGAGGCCAGAAGUGGCAUCACGCCACAUAUCCGUCGCCUCCUAGACUUGGGCAUCUUGCGUCCCUGCCAUUCAGCCUGGAACACCCCCCUGCUGCCUGUACGAAAACCUAACAGUGCGGACUACCGUCCGGUACAAGAUCUGAGAGAAGUUAACCGCCGAGUCAUGGACAUACACCCAACAGUGCCCAACCCCUAUACCCUCCUAAGUGCCCUCAGCCCAGAAAGACAAUGGUAUACUGUCCUUGAUUUAAAAGAUGCUUUUUUCAGCCUGCCUCUGGCCCCCAAAAGCCAAGAGCUCUUCGCCUUCGAGUGGUCCGACCCUGAGAGGGGCAUAAAUGGGCAACUCACCUGGACCCGGCUCCCCCAAGGAUUUAAAAACUCACCCACCUUGUUCGAUGAGGCACUUCACGAGGAUCUGGGUGAGUACUGGAAUCAAAACCCCGAAGUGACUCUCUUGCAGUACGUUGACGAUCUUUUAAUCGCCGCUGAGACUGCUGAAGCUUGCUUGCAAGGCACCAAAAACCUCCUCCGGACACUUGGUGCCCUGGGGUACCGGGCUUCAGCAAAGAAAGCCCCAAUUUGCAGAUCCGAGGUAACCUACUUGCGGUAUCUGUUAAGAGAAGGCCAACGAUGGCUCACUGAUGCACGGAAGGAAACCGUCCUCCGCAUCCCCCGACCCACAACGCGAAGGCAGGUAAGAGAAUUCCUGGGAUCGGCCGGGUUCUGCCGCUUGUGGAUACCUUGGUUCGCCGAGAUGGCUAAGCCUCUUUACCUGGUCACCCGAGAACAGGUGCCCUUUGAAUGGACAGAGGAAACUGAACGGGCUUUCCAGCAAAUUAAGCUCGCCCUGUUGUCGGCACCAGCCUUAGGGCUCCCCGAUGUCUCCAAACCCUUUCAUCUCUUCGUAGAUGAAAAUAAGGGGGUAGCCAAAGCAGUGCUGACGCAACUCCUUGGCCCAUGGCCCAGGCCCGUUGCCUAUCUUUCAAAAAGACUGGACCCAGUAGCGGCUGGCUGGCCCCCUUGCCUCCGUAUGAUCGCUGCUACAGCUCUAAUGGUAAAGGAUGCUGAUAAGUUAACUAUGGGACAAGAGUUACAUGUCAUAACCCCUCAUGCCAUCGAGGGAGUCCUCAAACAACCUUCUGACCGAUGGAUAAGUAACGCCCGACUGGUUCACUACCGGGGACUAUUAUUAAAUCCCCUCAGAAUCAUUUAUGCUCCCCCCCGAACACUAAACCCUGCCUCCCUGUUACCAGACCCGGACUUGGAUACCCCCCUCCAUGACUGCGCUGAGAUACUGGCACAGCUUCACGGAGUUCGGGAAGAUUUACAGGAUCACCCGCUACCAGACGCCGAGGUUACCUGGUUCACUGACGGCAGCAGCUUUGUACAUCAGGGUCAAAGGUACGCGGGGGCAGCAGUCACAACUGAAACUGAGACUGUUUGGGCAGAGCCUUUGCCAGCUGGCACCUCUGCCCAACGGGCUGAACUUGUGGCCUUAACCAAGGCACUGACUUUGGGAAAAGACAAGAGACUAAACGUGUAUACCGAUAGCAGAUAUGCUUUUGCUACGGCACACAUACAUGGAGCUAUAUACAGAGAGAGGGGACUGUUAACUGCAGAGGGGAAAACUAUCAAAAACAAAGAAGAAAUAUUGGCUCUUUUAAAGGCACUCUGGCUGCCUAAACGACUAGCCAUCGUACAUUGCCCAGGCCACCAAAAACCGGUCACACCAGUGGCCAGAGGAAAUAAUUUGGCUGACCAGGUGGCCCGAGAGGUGGCCUUACAGGUGGACUGUGCUUUAAUGACCACCCUACCAGACCCCGGUUCAGCUAGUUUACCAGAAAGUCCCACCUACACUAAAGAAGACCUAAACUGGAUCCAAAAAUUGCCUAUGACUCAGUGCCUUAACGGAUGGUGGAGAGCAGCAGACUGUAGCAUAAUCCUCCCAGAAGAAAUGGGAAAUAAAGUCUUAUCCAAGAUGCACCGAGCCACUCAUAUGGGCACAAGAAAAAUGCAAGACUUAAUAAGACAUGCUAGGAUCACCAUUAAAGACUCUAGGACAAAAAUUGAACAGAUAGUUACUAGCUGUAAAGCUUGCCAACUAACUAACGCCACCAACCACGGGAAAAACCCUGGCUCCAGAACCCGCGGAACCAGGCCGGGAGCCUAUUGGGAAAUAGACUUCACCGAGGUAACGCCUGGAAAAUAUGGAUACAAAUAUUUGUUAGUGUUUAUAGAUACCUUUUCAGGAUGGACAGAGGCCUUCCCCACCAAGCAUGAGACUGCGCAGGUAGUAGCAAAGAAAAUGUUGGAAGACAUCAUGCCCAGGUACGGAUUCCCUACCCUAAUAGGAUCAGACAACGGACCAGCAUUCGUUUCAAAGCACACCCACCAGGAAGUUUGGCCCAGAUUGAGAGCCAUUUAUGAGAACGGGCCCCCUCCUGAGCCGCAUCAAUACCGACCCGGAGAUUGGGUAUACGUGUGGAGACACAAGCAAGAGACCCUCCAACCACGGUGGAAGGGACCCUACAUUGUGAUCCUAACCACACCCACUGGUCUCAAAGUCGACGGGAUUGCUACCUGGAUCCAUUACACCCACGCCCGACCAGCUGAUCCCUUUGCGGUUCGAGAAGACUUCGUGCCAGAAGCCAACACCGCCUGGACGGUUGACCAGAGUAAGACCCAUCCUUUAAAACUGACUCUGCGUCGAAAACCUGACCCCGAAAACCGGCUGAGACCAAAGGCCUGGGUGUCCCAUACCAAGACUGUUGCUGCAGCUCUGGACCCACAAUGAUCGGAGGAACACUCAUUAGCGUGCUCCUGCUCACCUCCUACGGACUGAUAAGUAUUGCGAGCAACCCCCAUAUACCCUAUACUUUAACUUGGGAGGUUUCUAAUUUAGAAACCCAGGAAGUCUAUAAUACUACCACAGCAGACGAUACUCCCCUAAAUGCCUGGUGGCCUGAUCUAUAUUUUAACCUAGAGGACGUAGCCGUAACCAUGGGGGUACUUCCCCCCAGUGGAAGCCGCCAGCGUCCUAAUCCGUCAUGGACCAGAACCCCAGAAAAUGAAAAAGAGCGCAUAAGAUCUAGUGGGUUUUAUGCAUGUCCCGGGUUCAGAACAGGAGCAAUGAAAAAAACCUGUGGAGGAAUCGAAUCCCUCUACUGUAAGGCUUGGAGUUGUGUCACUACCAAUGAUGGAAGCUGGAAAUGGGAAGUAAAACCCCAUUAUAUUGACAUGAAAUUUGCCAGCCCCUGUCCCAAGCAAACCCGUGCCUGUAACCUUAUUCGUAUCAAAUUCCUAGAGGACGGAAAAAAGGAGACGAGAUGGAUUACGGGACUAAAUUGGGGAAUUUACCUGUAUCGGGGACCGCCUUACUUUGCAACUGUUAUUCAGAUAAGAUUAAAAAUAAAACCCAAAGCUUCACCAACACUAAUAGGGCCAAACCAGUCAGUAUGGCCCACAAGUAAGCCUAAUACUACCCCGCGGUCCACAAAUAAGGGUACUAAUCCUCCGGCCACUCAGGUGGUCACUGUAACCGGGACUACUCCAA